CUUAGAUCGUUGAAACUCGAAAAAGUAAUUACUUUUAAACAGCUGAAUUAAAAGUUGUAUUAUUAAAGCUCAGUGGGUUACAGGCCAUGGCCAGAGUACUGGCUAGAAUUACCAUGAACCACCGAAUUCUUCCGUGUGAUAGCCGGGAAAUUGAGUUUUCCGACGACCACGCUGCCAUAAAUUUGUCAGACACGGUUUUUGAGUUUCUGAAUGAAGAGGGGUUGUCGCCGGUGAGCGUCGACGGCAAAAACGAAGACGACGGUGAAGAUGAAGAGGAGAAAAGUGGAGAUGAGAACAGUGUAAAUAGUAGCUUCUGGGAGACUCAAUAUCAGCUUUUACAAGAUACACUAUGCAGGACAAGUUCUUUAGAGUCAAAAAUUCGUAUUAUCACUAAGGAGACAAUUAAAGAAGCGCAAGGGACAGCGAAUUUGUGUGGCUGCGGAAGAACACCAUUCAAUACCGGCUGCCGGAAUUGUUUGAUGAAAGAGGUGUGCCGCCGCCUUCAAAAUGCUGGUUUUGAUAGUGCAAUUUGCAAGUCUAAGUGGAGAAGCUCCCCGGAUAUUCCAUCAGGUGAACACACAUUUUUGGAUGUAAGAGACAAAUCGAGCUCCAAAAAAGGGGAAAUUAGGGUUAUUAUCGAAUUGAAUUUUCGAGCAGAAUUUGAAAUGGCAAGAGCGAACGAAGAAUACAGCAAGCUAAUUCGAAAACUACCAGAAAUUUUUGUUGGGAAAAUUGAAAGACUACUUGCCUUAUUGAAGAUUUUGUGCUCAGCAGGCAAAAAAUGUAUGAAGGAGAAGAAAAUGCACAUGGCGCCAUGGCGUAAACACCGGUACAUGGAAGCCAAGUGGCUUAGAAUUUGUGAGCGGUUGACACCUACACCACCGUUGUUGAAUGGUUAUUCUGGCCAUUCCCCCCGGCCAAGGGCCUCCAUGUCCAUGCUUACUGUAGAUUUGACGGAAAACUUUCCUAAUUUACACAGAUCCGUGGUUGAAGUGGUGUGAACUGUAACGAAUUUUGUACAUUUCUUCUCUUUUUUCCAGUUCUUCCUAUAGAGUGAAAUAAAUUUUGGCAUAAUUACUACUCUCGAGACUAAUAAUAAUUUAAAAUACCAAAACAUUUGUGCAUUUUAAAUAAAUUUGGAGUAUUUAUAUGAA